AGGGGUGUUCUGGCUUGCCCCGCCCCGGCGCCGGUGCCCUGCUGGAAGGCCUGGCUCUCCCGGAAGUGGCCCGGGCCUCUCUCUGUUGGGGUCCCCACCUCCCUGCUGCUGCUGCGGGCCGCAGGGGGGGCAGCUAUGGCGGAGGCGGCGCUGCUGCUGCUGCCAGAGGCGGCAGCGGAGCGGGAUGCACGGGAGAAGCUGGCCCUCUGGGAUGGAAGACUGGACACUACGGCGCCGCUGACGGACCGGCAGACAGACUCUGUGCUGGAGCUGAAGGCGGCGGCCGAGGACCUGCCUGUGCCGACCGAGCUCCCAAUUGAGGACUUGUGCAGUUUAACAACCCACUCGCUGCCCAUUGCACAGACUUCAGUAGUGCCCGAAUCUACGGAAGACAUUCUCUUGAAGGGAUUUGCCUCCUUAGAAAUGAAAGAUGAAAGAAUCGAAACUGCACAGCAGUUUUUCUCAUGGUUUGCAAAGCUACAAACUCAGAUGGAUCAGGAUGAAGAAAGUAAAUAUAGACAGAUGAGGGAUUACUUGUCUGGGUUUCAGGAGCAGUGUGAUGCUAUAUUGAAUGACGUCAACAGUGCUCUUCAGCAUCUGGAAUCAUUGCAGAAACAGUAUCUUUUUGUGUCCAAUAAGACAGGAGCCCUCCACGAAGCCUGUGAACAGCUGCUGAAAGAACAGUCCGAACUUGUUGAGCUGGCUGAAAACAUUCAACAAAAGCUUUCCUAUUUUAAUGAAUUGGAAACUAUUAACACAAAAUUGAAUUCUCCCACAUUGUCUGUGAAUAGUGAAGGAUUUAUACCUAUGCUGGCCAAGUUAGAUGAUUGUAUAACAUACAUAUCAUCUCAUCCAAAUUUUAAAGAUUAUCCUAUAUAUUUACUGAAGUUUAAGCAAUGCCUUUCUAAAGCUUUGCAACUCAUGAAGACAUACACUGUGAAUACACUACAGAACCUCACAAAUCAAUUAUUAAAAAGGGAUCCUUCAUCCGUACCGAAUGCAGACAAUGCCUUCACACUAUUUUAUGUGAAAUUUCGAGCUGCUGCCCCCAAAGUCAGAACUCUCAUUGAACAAAUAGAACAACGAUCUGAAAAAAUACCUGAAUACCAGCAACUGCUUAAUGACAUCCACCAGUGUUACCUUGAUCAGCGGGAGCUCCUCUUGGGUCCUAGUAUUACUUGCACUGUAACAGAGUUAACCAGCCAGAAUAAUAGAGAUCACUGUGCCUUGAUUCGCAGUGGCUGUGCCUUUAUGGUUCAUGUCUGCCAGGAUGAGCAUCAACUUUACAAUGAAUUUUUCACAAAACCAACAUCAAAAUUAGAUGAACUUUUGGAGAAACUGUGUAUGUCAUUGUAUGAUGUCUUCAGGCCGCUCAUCAUUCAUGUUAUUCACUUAGAAACUCUAUCGGAACUUUGCGGGAUUCUGAAAAAUGAGGUGCUUGAAGAUCACGUACAGAACAAUGCUGAGCAGCUUGGGGCAUUUGCAGCUGGAGUGAAGCAGAUGUUGGAAGAUGUACAAGAGCGACUUGUCUACCGAACCCACAUCUACAUUCAGACAGACAUCACGGGCUACAAACCCGCUCCUGGGGAUCUGGCCUAUCCUGAUAAGUUAGUCAUGAUGGAGCAAAUUGCCCAGAGUUUAAAAGAUGAGCAAAAGAAGUUACCUUUAGAAGCUUUGUUUUCAGAUGUUCGGUUAGAAGAAGCAGAACCUCGUAAUAGUCUAACAAAAUCUGGUUCAACCGACUCUCUCAAUCCUAGACCACAGACCACAAUUUCUCCAGCAGAUCUUCAUGGCAUGUGGUAUCCUACAGUUCGACGAACUCUCGUCUGUCUCUCCAAAUUGUACAGAUGCAUAGAUAGGGCAGUGUUCCAAGGAUUAUCACAGGAGGCCUUGUCUGCCUGCAUUCAGUCCUUACUUGGAGCAUCAGAGUCUAUCAGCAAAAACAAGACUCAGAUUGAUGGACAGCUUUUCUUAAUAAAGCACCUUUUGAUUCUUCGUGAACAAAUCGCUCCAUUUCACACUGAAUUCACCAUUAAGGAAAUUUCCCUGGACCUCAAGAAAACUAGAGAUGCAGCAUUUAAAAUCCUGAAUCCUAUGACUGUUCCAAGAUUUUUUAGGCUGAAUAGCAACAAUGCCUUGAUAGAGUUCUUGUUGGAGGGUACUCCCGAGAUACGAGAGCAUUAUCUCGACUCUAAGAAAGACGUGGACCGUCACCUGAAGGCAGCCUGCGAGCAGUUUAUCCAGCAACAGUCCAAACUGUUUGUAGAGCCGCUGGAGGAGUUCCUGACAAAGGUUUCGGCAUUAAAAGCAAUGGCCAGUCAGGGAGGACCCAAGUACACGCUCUGUCAGCAGCCUUGGGCACAACCAGCAAAGGUCAGUGACCUUGUGGCAAGUGCCUACAAGACAAUAAAAGCGAAGUUGCCCCUGACCUUGAGAAGCAUGUCACUGUACCUAUCCAAUAAAGAUACGGAGUUCAUCUUGUUUAAACCUGUUAGGAAUAAUAUUCAGCAAGUCUUCCAGAAGUUCCAUGCGUUGUUAAAGGAGGAGUUCAGCCCUGAAGAUGCCCAGAUCAUUGCGUGUCCUUCUAUGGAGCAGCUGAACCUCCUACUGUCAGUUUCUAAAUAACCAGCCGUGGGGGCGCGCGUGGAAAAGGCCUGUGCAGCCUGCAGGGCACCGGACAAGUGUACAGGGCUGACUCGAGAACCACACGGCGGCUGCUCCGUGCUGACCGCAGACUGGAGUGGAAGCCAAGUGAGAAACGAUUGGGGUUUCCCUUUUAAGAAACAUCCAAAUGCCGAAGAUUAAUCUGCGAGCGCUGAUAACCGCCUCAUUUAAAUGGUCACGAGCAGUGUAAGUUUUUAAGAGGAAGCUAUGGUGGGCACGCCGGGUGAAAUGGUUCUUAGCAAAAAAAUGUGCAAUGAAAAUAGGUUACAAUAAAUAGUGCAAAAAACUUUACAGAAAAACAGCUCGUUAGAAAGCUUCUGAGUAUGGUUCGUUAAAGCGUGAAACACUGCAGUCCUCUUAACCACGGAGCAUUCCGCAGUGACCGGUUCUUUUGACUUCCGGAAACAUUCUUCCUCCACCCUCUUUAAUGUGACGUGUCUCCUGUCACUUUGAAGCUUAGUUUGGAGUAGAUUGGAUGCUUCUGAGAACACCUUCUGCUUUCCGGGGAGUUGAGGGUGUUCUCUUUCUGUGUGUUCGAUGUGAGUAGCUUCGGGCUGCCAGGACCGCGGGGCAGGUCCCGGGAUCUGUCGGGGGCGGAUGGCUUAGGCGCAGAGCGUUCAGUGGCAGGUGGGGAGCUGCAGCCUCCGGGUGGCGGAUACGUGCCCUGUCCUUCAGGAGAAUCUGGGGGGUACCGUUUGUGAGGCGGGGGUACCACUUCAGGCGCCUCAGUCUGGCCCAGAAAGGAGGCAGGAAGCCUGAUGAGCUGUGAGUCCCAGGCAUGAAAGCGAGGGCUCCCAGCUCCCUGCCCACCGCCUUCGCUCUCCUGGUGCUUUGAAAAGCGCACCCUUUCAUGUCCUGCGCAUUCGCCGGGGCGCUGCCUCGGGGCUCCCCAGCCCCGCCACGGCAGCGGGACACGUUUCCCAACAAAGACAAGCGAGGCGCGGACCUCCCAUCCCUUAACGUUGGCCACACGGUUGCAGGGACCGCCCAGUACAUUAGACGCAUCCCCGAGCUCUGCAGAUGCCUGCGUCCCGACUGCACUGGCUUUGUCUUCGAUGUUAGAGUAAAUGGCACCUGCUUUUUGGUUCACAAGGAAUUUCGAGUUAUUCAGACACUAGUUUAGAGAUGGAACCCUGGCCGACAAGGGCCCUGGGAUGUAGCCAGCAGACCCCAUUCUGCGUGACUGGCGUUUCGACACCCUCCACGUGUACAUAGGUUCCAUAUCGUCACGUCGGUCAUUUUCAACAGGUCACUUGUUUUUCAGCUCCGUUUAACUUGGUGAUGGAUGUUGCUCACUAGAGCUUAAGAGUCUCUAUUUCGGGGGAGGUGGAAGGUAAAGAGGGUCCAUGUUCAUUCUUGGAGAGGAAAUGAAUGAAUUAGGAACGUUAUAUCUACUUCCACUUACUAUUUUAAAUAUACGUUUAACGAAAUAAACUGUAAGAUACUCGCUUUUGUAUAUUCUGUGUACAUUUGAUUUUUAAAUAGCCUUUCCAAAGAAAUGAGGGCAUGAUUAUUGUAUAAUACUGUGACAGAUUUAAUUUGAUGUACAGAGCAGAGUGUGUUCUUAAAGAUAAAAAUAUUUCACAGCACUCGUUCUUGUGCUUUGAAUCUUUUAUUUCCGAAACACUCAAACACCUUACAAAAGUACUGAGUAGAUAGUAGUGAUCCAAUUUGUUUGCUAAAUGAUUGUUUAAAUCUGUACAGUUUCAAGUGUUUACUUAUACAAAGAGUGUACAUACUUUCAAAUAAUUAAUUUAAAAUGCUUUAUAUUAUUUGGCUAGAAAUUGCUGUUUUUAAUAAAUGUGAAUUUUUUUAAAAAUAAAGAUUUUUGCUUCCUA